AUGUCUACGAAAACAUACACUGCAGAACAAGUUUCUCAACACAACACCAGAGACGACCUCUGGAUCAUUUACAACGAGAAAGUCUAUGAUGUCACCCAAUAUUUGGACGAACACCCAGGUGGUGAGGAGGUGAUUCUUGACUGUGCUGGUCAAGACGCCACCGAUGCCUUUGAUGAUAUUGGACACUCCGAGGACGCCCACCAGAACUUGAAGGCCUUAUACAUUGGCGACCUCAUUGGCGGUGUCCCAAAGAAAACCAAAUCUGCUUCAGCAGGUGGUAAUUCAACAGAUGCAAAUUCUAACUUGUUUUUGGCUCUUGCUUUAGUCGUUGCUAUAUUGGGUUACUUCCUAUUGAGAAAGUAG